AUGGCCAUGGGGGGGAGGCGGCCGUGGAAGUGCUGCGACCAGCCGAUAUGCCGUGGGUGGAAGUAUCCGGUCUGCGAGUGCGCCGACGAGGUCGACGAGUGCGCGCCCACGUGCCACUCCUGCGUGCCGUCCAAGGCGAACGCCACCCGCAAAGUCUGCGAGGACACCUACAUCGGCAAGGCAGGGCCCGGGUGCACGGAGAAGCCAUGGAAAUGCUGCGACGAGCCCUUCUGCUCCGGCGCGGACCCGCCGACGUGCCACUGCGCAGACGAGGUCGAGCAGUGCGCCCCGACCUGCAAGACCUGCUUGCCGGCGCUGCUUCACCCGUGGACCCGCCACAUGUGCUUCGACUUCUUCCAUGGCUUCCCAGGGCCACAGUGCAGGUACCUUGCUGCUGCCGACGACGCCGCCGGCGGCGGGUACUAG